GGAGAGCAAUCAUGAAAGGAUGAAAUCAUUGCCAGAGAAGAAGCACAACCGGAAGUGGCUGCUGAUGGCGGCAGAACCGAGGUGUCACUCCCUGCCUGGGUGCUCUGCCAUGCCAAAUCUGUCCAUCUGUCAUGCAUACAGGCCCAUCAAUCAAACAUCUGAAUGCAGGCCAGGGAGCCCCAUCUGCUGCCACACGGGGGGAUAAGAAGAAAGAGGGAUGGCACACAGCUUCUCCAAACGUCAUCCCACUUGGGUCUGACUCAGAAAAGAUGGUCUUGACACUAUCAGCCUGCUGCUUCCAGCAGUGAGGGUGGAGAGAAGUGGUGCUGAGGUGGGGGCGGCGGGGUCCACAGCGCAGAGAACUCAGUGCUCAGUGAACGAGCAGCGAGCGGGAGCGCGCGUAUUGGAAGGAAGGGAAGGAAGGAGCUGAGGCAGAUCAGUCGCCAGCGGAGCCCCAGACAGCGGAUGAACAGAGCCGAGCGUGUGUGUCGCCCUUGUCGUUUUUUACAGCAGCUGAAAGCAGAGUCCGGCGGCCCGAAACCUGCCCGAAAAUGAUGCUCCAACUCGUCCAUCUCCUCGGGUUGCUCGUCUGCGGCAGUCAAGCCGCACUACAAGUGUCCAUAUCCUUGAACAAAGUGGAGUUAAGUGUCGGAGAGUCCAAGUUCUUCAUCUGCACAGCUAUUGGCGAGCCAGUGAGGCUGGAGUGGUACAACCCCCAGGGCGAGCGCAUCGUGCCUUCCAAGCGGAUGGCGCUCCACACGGAGACGUCACGAUCCAGGCUCAUCAUUUACAACGCCAUCAUCGAGGACGCGGGUAUCUACCGCUGCCAGGCCACCGAUGCCAGCGGUCACACCGAGGAGGCCUCGGUCGUGCUGGAGAUCUACCAGAGGCUGACGUUUCGGGAUGUUCAGUCACCGCAGGAGUUCCGCCACGGUGAGACGGCGGAGGUGGUCUGUGAUGUCAUUAGCUCUCCGGUGCCCGUGGUGGUGUGGUACUACCAGGACAAAGAGAUCACUGAAGAGCACCACAGCAGGUUCCAGGUGCUGACAAACAACAACCUCCAGAUCCAACAGGUGACCAAGGCUGACGAGGGCGUGUACCGCUGCGAGGCCAGCGUAGAGGCCCGUGGCGAGAUCGAUUUUGUGGACAUCGCAAUGGUAGUCAACGUUCCUCCGGUGUUGUCAGUGUUCCAGCAGUCCUUCAAUGCCACAGCUGACUACCAGGAAUCGGUCACCUUUACAUGCAUGACCUCUGGAUCUCCUGAUCCUGUGGUGACAUGGCACAGGAAAGGGCAGCAGCUGGAGCCAUCCGAGCAGUACAUUAUCACCAGGCUGGAAGCCGGGCGGAGCAUGUUAACCAUCCGCAACAUCCGCCAGGGCGACGGGGGCACCUACACCUGCAAGGCCACCAACAAGGCAGGGUCUCAGGAAAGGGAGAUCUUCCUCAAAGUCUUUGUCCAGCCCCACAUAACCCAGCUGAAAAACGUGACGGUAGAGGGCAGCGCCGCUAUGAUCUCCUGUGUGGCCGAGGGCGAGCCUCUGCCCGACAUUUCCUGGAGGAGAGCCAGCGACGCAACCUUCGUGGACGGAGACAAGAGUCAGGACGGACGCUUUGAAGUCCGUGGUCGUCACGGAAAAUCGGUGUUGACCAUCAGCGGUGUGAGGCUCACAGAUUUGGGCCGAUUUGACUGCGAGGCGCUGAGCAGGAUCGGGGGUCAUCAGAAGAGCAUGUUCCUGGAUAUUGAGUAUAUACCAAAGUUCCUGACCAACCACACCAUCUAUUACUCGUGGGAGGGCAACCCAGUGAACAUAAGCUGUGAUGUGAUGUCCAACCCUCCUGCCACCAUGCUGUGGCGGCGAGAGCGCUUCACCAUUUCUGCGGAGGGAACUGCCAACACCAGGGUACACAGUGCAGAUGGAAAGUCUGUGCUGGAGGUGACUCCUAUGUCCGACAGGGACUUUGGCCGCUACAACUGCACAGCCAGGAACAACAUCGGAGUUCGAUACCAGGAGUUCAUUCUGGCCCAGGCAGAUGUACCAUCAAAUCCAUACUCAGUGCGUCUCUCAGCUGUUUCCCAGCGCUUAGCAACCGUCACCUUCAUGAAGCCCGACUCGCAUGGUGGCGUACCCAUCAGCUACUACCUGGUCCAGUACAAGGAGGUGGGCUCACAGGACUGGAGGGACGUCAAGUCGCACAGCAUCCAGACGACGGUGGUGCUGACGGGCUUGGAGCCCAACACCACGUACGAUGUUCGAGUGGCAGCCGUCAACGGAAAGGGUCAGGGAGAGUUCAGCCACACAGAGACCUUCCAGACUUUACCUAUCCGAGAGCCGAGUCCGCCGGCGGUCCAUGGGCAGAGGGGGAUGGGCAAGGCCUACAGGCUGGGGCUGGUCAAGCAGGACGAUGGAGGGAUGCCCAUCGUGGAGUAUAUAGUCAAGUACAAGACUGAUAAAGAGGAACAGUGGAUGACCAAGCUAGUCCCAGGAGCAAAUGACUUUGCGAUGCUGCAGCCGCUACAGUGGAACACAAGAUAUGAAGUGGAAAUCACAGCGCGUAAUGUCAAGGGCCUGUCGGAGCCCACCUUCUAUCAGUUCUUCAUGCCACAGAAACCUGACAUUACAGCAGAAUCCCUGUUCAGCGGCAUGGGGCUGGGGACGGUGGUGGGCCUGGGCCUGGGAGCGCUGCUGCUGCUCCUCGUGCUGGUGGACGUCAGCUGCUUCUUCCUGCGUCACUGUGGCCUGCUGAUGUGCAUCACGCGCACGCUGUGCAGCAAGAAAACAGCCACCAGCGGCAAGGGCAAAGAAAUAGAAGAGGGCAAGGCCGCCUACCUGAAACUACCGCUGAAGGAAGAAAAUGGAAAAGAGUCUCUCAAGCCGGAUACAAUUGAAAUCAAAGUGCACAGUGACAACAGCAUCCACACAAAGCCCGACGACAGCAAAGCGUAAAACGGGUCGGUCGCCUUCCCCACCAAAAGAACAUUCGGAUCACGAGACCAAAACCCAGAGAAACUACAACACUGGAAAAUAGUGGAGUAAAAUCCCAUAUCUGUUUAUAACAAUGCCCCAGUGACAGGCAUGUGUAAAUACAAAUAAUAAGGAGAAAAUAGAAAGAGAGAAAGGGUCAACCUUUUGGACACCCUGAGUGAUAAAUGUAUCAUGGUCUUAAAAACAUGGCAUCAGUGGAAGGCUCUUGUUGAUCAAUGAUUGUUUUUCUGAUCAUAACUACAACACUUUAUUGAUCAUGCUUUUGUUUUACAGCCCACAUCAGACUUUCAUGCAGUAAAAUGGUGAUAAACAAGCCCCCACUAUGUCUUCUUACACAAAGCUGGUAUGCUAGUGUGCCCCGCCAAUGCUCUUGUAUUUUUUAUUUUUAUUUUUUGAGCAAACGCAUGGGCCGACCCUGGAUAUCACAAUUAUUUAAAUCCAAUCUGCUGUUUCCAUGCCUGAGUGUUUCACUACAGCAACCUUUUUAUGCCUUUUAAUAGCCGAGCUAGGUGCCUGGCUAAUGUUAGGCAAAUGCUGAGCCAUUGUGUCAAAGGCCAGACGACUUCAGUGACAAAAGGUCUUUAUGAGAUUUUGAGGUUUCAUUACUUCGGUUCGCAGUAACAUUUCAAGGAUGAAAAAUUGUAUCAACCAGGACCGGGUCAUUAAUUACUAAGGAAUUUGGAUGAUAUUCAAUGAAUAAUACUUACUGAAGGGCUAUUGUGUACUUUGUGUUGCAAGAAAACAAAAAAUGACAAAAAGAAAGUUGCAGUCUGUGAAGUAAUGUGCAUCGAUGCCAUUGUUAGCAAAACCUUUUAUAUUAACACUGAACAUUGUUGAUGAUCUUUGACGUUCUCAUUCUCCCACAAUUUGUGCAUAAGUAGGUUUUAUUCAUCUGUUUACAAACUGAAUUUACGGUUCAGUACACUGUACCUGUGCCAGAGGUUAACGCCACUGUGCGCUUUGGUAUGCAGCUUGAGUAAUGAAAAAAACGUAUGUGUUUAAAGGCCACAAAAGCCCUGAAUGGUGUCAUGUAAUUGUUGCAAUGUGAAUGGUAGGACUCAAGGCAUGGGAACAAAGGAGUCUGACAAGAAAUAAAUCAACAUGAGUGUCAUGUACUGUAUGUUUCUGAUUAUAAACGUUUAUUUCUUCAUUCCUGUCUUGGAUCUGACUCAGAUGCAUUUUCUGUUUCCUAGUCUGAUCGCUAUUCUCUCUGGUGUUGUCAUGUGUUGUACAUAGGUGAAAAAAAAAAGAAUAUUUUACAGAGCUUUUAUGUAAAUAUACCCCAAAGGAUGUCUUUUUUCAAAAUGCAACAGGCUUGGCUUUUUUUGUGAACGCUCCUCAGAUGAAAAGCUUAUUUUCAUUUUCAUUUUUUCUUCCUCUGUUGUGUUUUGGUCCAAAGUUCAGUGAUGGUGUAAUAUUGCUUUUUCUUGUCAUUUGCUUUCCCUUAAGAAAAUCCAUGCCCUAAGGCUAUUAUAUGUUAUUUCAAUGGAGACAGUAAUUACGGCAUUAGUGUGCCUUCUCUUCUUUUUUUCCUCCCCCUUUGUGGCCCAAUGCAGCUGCAGCAGUCUAAACCUUCAAAAUGAAUUUUGAUUAUUCUGCUUUUCGCCACAGAAUGUGUUAGAAGAUUGAGUUUUAUUGUGGUGCUGUGAACUCUGGGAAAUGUAGUUUAAGAAUCGUGGAUUGUAGUCGACGACACUGGACAGAAACAGACAUGUAGAACUACCAGAUGUGACUAGAUGUCAUGUUUCGUGCGUGCAGAUGUGCGUGCGUGCGCAUGUAGGAGUGAAUCCACUUGUCAACAUGAAUCAGGUUGCAUGUAUGACUGUUGAAUGUAUCUGCACGUACUCUAAGUAAAUCUGUGUAUGUUUGAGUAUGUGUGCCCAUUAAGAUUUUUCACAAUAAGUCUCCCAAUAUUAAAUAAUAACCCUAAAUUUACAGAGUCAAUAUCUUACUAUUCUGGCAUUAAUGUUAUAUUAAUUAUUUUUUUAAAGAAAUUAUCUAUUUGUUAAUUUAUCUAUUUAUAUUGGGGAAAAAAGUGUAUUAUAGAGUAUACUUUUCAGUUCCAUGAUGCAUCGGGCAGCUCUUCAAGUCACAUACAGUAGGUUGUGAUGACCACGUGCCAAGUAUGAAUGUCUGUGCUGUGAGCGUUCCUCUGUGAGUCGGCGAGAGCUCCCCCCGUGAGUUUCAGCGUGCGCUCUGAUAGGUAAAACCUGAUUAUGUAGUUCUCGACAGUGAUUCAUUCGCCAGGCUGCAGCACUCCACGCAUGUGUCUGCGAGCACCCGCCACUAUUCCCUCUCAGACUCCAUUUGUUUUUAUCUCAGACCUCAUAGCACUGGCUUUGUUUUCUCCCAGCGAGCCCUUGUACCUGCAUAUCUGAAAUGGAUGGUCCUGCCAUGGAGUGGUUCCGCUGCCUGUUACGAUGACUGUAAAUAUGGGAGCACAGUGCCUGGAGGCUAUACGAUUUGUACAUGUUCUUUUGUAUUUGAUAUGACUCUAAAUACCGACCCACCCUUACCUUCUUAUCCUCUACUCCCCCCCCCCCCCCCUUGUCCAUUUCUCUCUGUCUCCUCCACCUUUGCCUUGGUCCUUUUUCUGUAGGGGGUAAAGCAGGUGUGUUUGAGCUCAGUGUACAGUGUGUGUCCUCUUUGUCCCCCUGCUCCCCCCCCCCCCCCGUGUCCCCUUGGACUGUCCCUGCUGAGUGUCUUUGUGCAGGAGGUGGGAACUAUUGAUGUCUCUCUGUACGUACCUGUGGAACACUUGUGACUCCUGUCAUUUGCCGCUGUAAAUAAACACAUGUCCUGGUAGAAGAGAGUGA